UUCUAUUCUCGAAUAUUUAUCUAAAUAAAAAUUAUCGCGAUCAGAAAGUGUUUUAAUUAUUUCAACUAAAAUUUAUCAAGAUUAUUGAAUGUGAACAGACCUGCUCGGACCUGAUUAUAUGUGAACUCGUUUUUCCCAGGAUAUUACUCCGAAAAUGGACCAAAUGAUAGAUGAUAUUGUACAGGAUUGGAUACUUGAUGCUCCGUUUCCUGAUAUUCAUAAUAUUCUGUUCUCUUCUGAUUCAUCAUCAUCAGAAUCGUCCGAAGACGAUGAAGGUAUCAAUAGAAUUCGAGUUCCACGUAGGUGCGUUCGAAAUUUUGUCGAAAACACCGUUCGUCAGUACAAUGAAAAACAAUUUCGGAAACACUUCAGGCUUCGUCGAUCAACAUUGUAUCAAUUAAUCGAACGAUUUGAGCAGACUAACUUUUUUCAAAAUCUCCCAAUCGGUGGGAUUACUCAUGAACGAGCUCUGCUAUGA